UCUUCAAUGCUUCCUAUCGAUGAAACCAUCCUGCCCUUCGGUGGUGGAGGCGUAUGCUGCGCCUGUGAACGGCACAUCACGCACUUCGCCUGCCCAGGCUUUUUCAGCACGUGUGCAGGGAGAAAGGGAGCAAACUCUGCAGGCCGCUGUGGCAUUACCCCCUCCCAAAGCACGAGGACCACCUGGGCCCCCACUACGGCCGAAGCCAGCGAAACAGGAGGUUGAGGCCCUGGCCAAACACCUGGCCCUGGCUGCACGGCAUCGGCAACAAAGAGAGUCUCAGGAGGAGCAGGCGGAACUGGCGGCCUUGGUGGCAGCGAGCCAAGUAUCCAACAAAGCGCGCAGUUCUGGCUCCACUGGCCGGCCGCGAUUGGGGGCGGUUCCCGCUCCGUCAGUUAUAUCACAUGCGACGACACCAUCGUGGCGAUCGCGAUCCAAGCAGGUGUCCGAGGGUGGUGCCGAAGCGGAUGCUGAUGGCAUUGCACCACUGCCCAGGCAACGACUCACGCCCUUGCUGGAAAAGCGCUGGACGGCCGUGGAACAGACUCGUCUGGCUCCAAAGAGCGAGCUGGAGCGGCUCGAGCGGAUCGAUCCGGAUGUGGAUGAGGCCAAUGCUAUGCUGGUGGAGUCCUUUCUCAAUGUGAAACGCUCUCUGGGAGCAGAGAUUGAGGAGGCAACUUCGCAGCGGUCCAAGGAAGAUCCAUCAGCGUCCAGCUACUUCGUCUCGAAGCCGGGCGUCACGACACCCAUCCCGUCAGGUGGUGGCUUAAAGAAAGCCGGCUAUCAGGUCUUGAGCGGCCUGCCCGGAGCCCCUCUGAGUGCCAGCGCCGGGAAUGCGUCGGCGUUGGGGAGUGCUUACUCUUGCGCCACGGAUCUCAGUAGUAGCGCCGUACGGUGAAGCUGUUGUCGACCAACCAUUGAACAUUGGAAAAUUCUGAUGUGG